CCUUAUCCUCACUCUUUUACUGAUGCAUGUUUAAUAGGAAUGUGACAGCAUUUAAUUUUCAUAUAAUGAUUAUCGCUGAAACUUACAUCACAGUAUCCACUAUAAUUUUAACUUAUUAGCGGGAGUGGCCAUAUAUGACUUGUGUGUAACUAAUUAUUUUAGUUGUACAGAAACUAUUUUUUUAUGCUUCUUAAAAUUGUACACUUUAUUUGUAAAGGAAUUUGGCUUAAUUUACAGUGGUGAACUGCAAGUGCCUUUCUCCCAUGUUACGUAAUGGUAGUAUAACCAAAGAAAAAAACAAAAGUGUUCUCCAUUUUGUAGCAUGUUUGUAUCUUGAGACCUUAUCUAGCUAAAGUGAUAAACAGCUGCCACUACUGCUUAUACAGUCAUACAACAUCAUAUACCAGGGGUAUUCAAUUAAAGUUUGCCAUUCCAAGAGGUCCGGUCUCUAUAUUUGCUUCGCAGCAAAGGUGCAGACAUUUUUUCUUUUGUAAAAGGAAAGAAUUUAUACACUCAAAAUUAGGGAUGCACCGAUACCGGUAUCUGCUAUCGGCCUCAAUACCACAUUUUCUAAAGUACUCGUAUUCGUUAAAAGUCCCUCGAUACCGGGGACCAAUACCACGGUCUGAGAAAUGUCUAUGUUUGAGCGGCGUGUAAGGGGUUAAUCACAGGCACCGAGUACCCGCCCCCAGGCCCCGGCUGCAGCUCAGAGUGGGAAGAAGUUGAGGCGAAUGAGACGAGACAUGCCAGCCGUGUAGAACUAUUUCAAAGUGAAUGAAGAUGACAAAAUAAAGGCUGACUGCAAAUUGUGCUCAGCAAAAUUGUCCAAAAGAGGCUCAAAAGGUAUCACAUUUAACACAAGUAAUUUAAUCAAGCACCUAAAAUCCCAACAUGACACAGAGUACAAAGAGUUUACUCACGCUUCUAAACCAACACAACCCAGGCUGCAGCAAACUCUUGCGAGACGAGAUAAAAUGUCCAGAGACAAUCCACGUGCUGUGAAAAUAACACAGGCAAUUAUCGAGUACAUUGCAUUGAGUGAUCAGCCACUCUCGGAGGCAGAAAAUGUGGGAUUCCGGCGUCUCCUCCAUGUUCUGGAGCCCAGAUAUGAUGUCCCAAGCUGCCGCUACAUGACUGACAUGGAGCUGCCUAAACUACACGACUGAGUGCAAAAACAUAUCCACAGCCUACUGCAAGCCUCCUCUGCGUUUAGUUUCACCACAGAUAUUUGGACAAGCAGUGUUAGCCCCAUGUCGCUAGUUAGCCUAACCUGCCAGUGGAUAGACAAGAGUUUCACGCCGCAACGAGCCAUAUUACAUGCGAAACAAUUCCGCGGCUCGCACACCAGCCAGGCUAUAGUGCAUUGUGUUUGAGGAAAUGCUCCAGACAUGGGGUAUACCUAAAACACCAGUUCAUGUUGUGCUUCGUGACAAUGCCAAAAACAUGAUUAAAGCCAUGAAUGAUGCAGGGCUCCCAAGUCUGCCGUGUGUCGCGCACACGCUCCAACUGGCUGUUCACGAGGGCUUAUUAGCACAGAGGAGCAUCGCUGAUGCUAUAGCCGUGGGGCGGAAAAUAGUUGGGCAUUUUAAACAUUCCGCCUUAGCCUACUCCCGCCUCGAGGACAUUCAGGGACAGCUCAACCAGCCAAUAAAGAGACUGCAGCAGGACGUACAGACGCGCUGGAACAGCACGUAUUACAUGCUCCAGUCCCUCAUUGAACAAAAGUGAGUGCUGGGUGUGUACGUGUCCAAGCAUGAGCUCCCUGACUAUCUCACAGCUCACCAAUGGGCUCUUAUGGAGAAGACUGUUGCCAUCCUCGCCCCCUUUGAGGAACUAACUAAAAAAGUGAGCAGCUACGACGCACUAGCCUCUGAUGUCAUCCCAGCUGUGACUGUGCUAGUGAGACUUCUAAACAGAGAAACAGACGAGGACCACGGCGUCAAGAUAAUGAAAGCAACCUUACUGGCAGCUGUCAAGAAGCGCUUCAGUGACGUCGAGACCAACCCACUGUACUUCAUCUCCACCAUACUUGACCCAAGGUAUAAAGAUCGCUUCUUCUCCAGCAACACUGCUCCGGAGGCCAAGCUGCACCUGAAGCAGGAGCUGCAGAUGAUGUCCAGAGCUGAGGCAGAGGGGAGUCAGGCAGAAGCUGCAGAACCUCCUGCUAAACUGUUCCUCAAGUCCCAGACCAGCACUAGCAGCUGUCUGGAUACUGUAUUUGAUGAAAUCGCUAAGGAGCAGCCCGAGGUAGCACAGUGGCUGGCAGCAGGUGCUUCCAUUGAGCUCGACACAUACCUCGGAGAGGCCCCAAGCCCUCGUGAAGACAGUCCUCUGAAGUAUUGGGUGUCAACAAAAUCAGGUUCCCCACUUUGGCUAAAAUGGCCCAUAAAUACCUCUCAGCCCCAUGUAGCAGUGUGGAAAGUGAAAGGCUUUUCAGCGCAGUGUCACACAUUAUAGAUGAAAACAGAAACAGGCUGACUGCUGAUAAUGCAGAAAAGCUACUUUUCUUGAAAAAAAACCUGCCACUCACUUUUUCUAAAUUGGCUCCUUUAAAGGGGUGAUGAACUGAGAAAUCAAAUUUUCCUUGAGAUUUUGACAUCUAAGAGGUCAUCA